AUGGGACACAAUCGGCAAAAAGAUAAGAAUGGUUACCGUAGUUCAUCAAAGGGUAAUGGCGAUGAUGGCACAUCAGCUAGGACAAGACCUCUCAGUUUUGAUGACAUCAUGCUUAGAAGGAAAAGUAAGGAAGAGGAAGUGGACAUUAAGAACAAUUUUGUAGGAGCUGAGAGUGUAUCGCGUAAAGAAGACAGGCAUAAGAGGACUACUGAUGGUUUAGAACCUGAGCGAAACCGCUACGAUGAGUCAUUACCUAGUGCUUCCAGACAUACUUCGGAGGAUUCUAGGAAGUUUGCAUCAAGGCAAACAGAGAAUAAUAUGAUGGCUGAAAAAUCAGCUAGGGGUAAACAUAAAGAUAGUAGAGAAUCUGAAAUCAAAUCAAAGACAUCAGUGAACAAAGAUGUAAGCAAUAAGAGACUAGCUGGUAGCAAAACCGACAAAGAUUAUCUUGUCCGGAGAAGAAAAGACGAGGAGUUUGUUGAUGAUACUGGAAAUGAAACUGGUAAAAGACAUUCAAGAGAUUUGGCCCGAAAGGAGAGAUCAACAGAUAAAACUGACAGAAGACGCGAUGACGGAAGAAAAGACAAAGAUCCUGAUAAGGAUGAGAGACAGUCAUACAGGAAGAGGAAAGAUAUGGAAGUGCCAAGUGAUGCUCCUCUGGAUGAGGCUGAGAAAAGGCAUUCAAGAAAUCACGGACGGAGAGAUAGUUAUGCUGACAGAACUGAAGUAAAGUCUGAAUCAGGUAGAAGGAAGCACCGAAGUGAUGACGAGGAGAGAAACAGAGACAAGAAUGCCGAUAAAAAACACAGUUCAUCGAAAGUUUCUGAAGUUACCGGAAGGGUGGAAUCUUCUCGGGCUCAGCUGGAGGAAGAAAGACCAAAGAAAAGGCGGUCAAGAAGUCGAGAGCAUGAUAAAGAUCGAGGUAGAAGGUCUCGUUCUGGCUCACCAAGAGGACGUAAGCAUUCAUCUCAUGAUCUCAGAGAGCGUGGCNGUGGUGAGUUUUCCUCGCAUUCUUCCAAAGAUAAAUCUGGAAGAUCACAUUAUGAUCUGGAUAAAAAGAUAUCCAGCAAUGGUUCAGAUAGCCACUCCAAGCGCCAUGCAGAAUCUACAAGUGGGCUUGGGGGCUAUUCACCAAGAAAGAGGAAAUCAGAGGCUGCUGCUAAAACUCCUCCUCCAACUAACCGCUCUCCAGAUCGGAAAAAUGCUGGGUGGGAUCUACCACCUGCAUCAGCUGGAAGUAAUGUUGCUGGUUCUGUUCCUUCUAGUGUUCAGCCUUCAAUGCAAUCU